CCACCAACUCGUUCCCUCUUACGUCUGUGUUCCUGAAACCGCCAGUUCAGUUAUAUCAGUAUAUCGGAAUAUAUCACAGCCAGAGGCAUCCAUAAGCUGACUGUAGUGCAACCCUCCAAGGCGAGCACGGCUUGGCGAACUGUGGGGUAACCGGAUCUUCCAUGUGGGGACUGCGCUUCCAACUCCGAUGUCUCUUGCCGUUCUUCCUUAGGAUAUUCACUAGUACUGGAGUUUAUCUAGGACCUCGGCUCUGGCUUGCGUUCUGUUCUUUCUUACAUUUUCCACUCCUACAUGUCGUCUUUAUUACCCGAAUUUAGGUCUAUACAACCAACUAUAGCUUUGCGACGUCAGAGAAGAUGACCGUGACAGAGCUGACAGAAUCAACUUGCGAUGUCUUGAUUAUCGGAGCGGGUCCAGCUGGCUUAAUGCUGGCAACAUGGAUGGCACGAUGCGGCAUCAAUGCUCGAAUUAUCGACAAACGUAGCACCAAGAUCUUCUGUGGGCAGGCUGAUGGCUUGCAAAUACGGAGUCUGGAGAUCUUCGACAGCUUUGGCUUUGCAGACAGAGCUGUCAAAGAGGCAAAUCAUUUGCUCGAGUUCUGCAUGUGGAAUCCGGGCAGCGAUGGCGUUAUACGGCGUUCUGAUCGCAUUCCUGAUGUCAUGGUUGGACUUUCGCGCUUCACAGAGAUUGUCCUCCACCAAGGACGCAUCGAACGGUUCUUCCUGGAUCACAUCAAGAAGCACUCCAAUGACUCUAUUCGCGUUGAACGAGGCGUAAUACCGGAGACUCUUUCUUUCAACGAGGAGAUAUUAGAUGAUCAUUCCCAAGAUUCGUACCCGAUUUCAGUAAAGCUGAGAUACCUGACGGAAGAGGAGGCAACUCCAGCACAGAGUAAAGGCAGCGCAACCAGAGAUGGACUCUUCCGAAGCAACCUCGCCGAAGAUGAUACUGAUGAGCUAAUCCGGAAGAGUAAAGAGAAGGACGGGACUUCGGAACUGGUGAGGGCCAAGUACGACGUUGGCUGCGAUGGUGCGCACAGCUGGACAAGAAAACAGUUGGGCUUCCAGCUGGAAGGAGAACCAACCGACUUCAUAUGGGGUGUAUUAGCAGAUAUCAUCCCCAUAACCGACUUCCCUGACAUCCGCAUGAGGACAGCCGUCCAUAGCGCCUCUUCGGGGUCUCUCAUGGUCAUUCCGAGAGAAUCCAAGCUGGUCCGACUUUACAUCCAGCUGAUCGAGGUCAAACCAGAUGCCUCUGGCCGUGCUGAUCGGAGCAAGAUCACCCCGGAGGUUAUCAUCAAGGCCGCUCAGAAGAUCAUCGCUCCGUACAGUCUGACCUACGAGUACUGUGACUGGUGGACAGCGUAUCAGAUUGGGCAGCGUGUGGGCACGAAUUUCGACUACAGAAGCCGUGUGUUUCUGGCUGGAGAUGCAGUACACACCCACUCCCCUAAAGCCGGGCAGGGUAUGAAUGUCAGCAUGCAGGAUGCCUACAAUCUGGGCUGGAAACUCGGCUUGGUCGCCAAAGGAAUAGCGAAACCGGACAUCCUCAAAACAUAUCAAUCCGAGCGGAGGCGUAUAGCUCAGGAUCUCAUCGACUUCGACCAUAAGUUCUCCCGCUUGUUUUCUGGGCGGCCUGCUAAGGACAUCUUGGAUGAGACAGGCGUCAGUAUGUCGGAGUUCAAAGAGGCAUUCGUCAAGGGAAAUCUCUUUGCCACGGGACUCUCCGUCGACUAUGGAGCCAGCAUGCUGGUAGCCAAAGACGGCGAUGCGGCCGAUCAAGGUGAUGGCACAAAAGUGUCCACUACCAACCCCACCAAAGUUGUCUGCAGGCAGGAUCUGGCUACCAAUAUCAGGCUGGGGAUGCGAUUUCCAUCGUUCAAGGUGCUUAACCAUGCAGACGCCAGACCAUGGCAUUUCCAGACGAAAUUGAAAAGCGAUGGACGCUUCCGCCUUAUCGUGUUCGCUGGAAAUGUUCUUUCUCCUGUGCAGAAGUCGAGGCUCGACGGCUUCUGCAAAUUUCUCGACAGCUCUUCAUUUAUACGACCGCAUCUUCACAAGCAUAUCGCUAUCCUCACGCUGCAUUCGUCCAAGCGGAUGGAAACAGAACUUCAAAGAGAUUUCCCGGAAGUUUUGCAUCCGUUUGAUGCACAUACAGGAUGGGACUAUGACAGCGUGUUCGUUGACGAUGAGAGCUACCACGAAGGCCAUGGAGAAGCAUAUAAGGGAUAUGGAGUCGACAAGGAAACUGGGUGUGUUGUUAUCACCAGGCCCGAUCAAUAUGUGGGAUUCAUUGGAAGCCUGGACGAGGAUGGACGUGCGGGUGUAGAGGAGUACUUCAAGGGGGUCUUUGUGUAA